AUGGUUGGGUUGCAAAGGUCCUUAAAGAUCAUAGAGCCAUGAGAUGGUUGGGUUGGCAGGGUCCUUAAAGGUCAUAGAGACAAGGCAUGGGUUGAAAGGGUCCUUGAAGAUCAUAGAUACCUGGGAGGGGGGUUGGGAGAGUCUUAAAAGGUCAUGGAGCCGUGGAAUGGUUGGGCUGGUAGGGUCCUUAAAGGGCAUAGAACCAUGGGAUGGCUGGGUUGGCAGGGUCCUUAAAGGUCAUAGAGACAUGGGAUGGGUUGAAAGGGUCCUUAAAGAUCAUAGAUCCCUGGGAGGGGGGGUUGGGAGGGUCCUAAAAGGUCAUGGAGACAUGGGAUGGUUGGGUUGGAAGGGUCCUAGAAGAUCAUAGAGGCAUAGGAUGGAUUGAAAGGGUCCUAGAAGAUCAUAGAUCCCUGUGAGGGGGGUUGGAAGGGUCCUGAAUGGUCAUGGAGCCAUGGAAUGGUUGGGUUGCAAAGGUCCUUAAAGAUCAUAGAGCCAUGGGAUGGUUGGGUUGGCAGAGUCCUUGAAGGUCCAGGUUGUAGAUCCUGUUCCCUUGGGGGUCCUCUUCCCAGGGUUCUCUCUGGGUCUUGCUUUAAUUACCUAUUUCCCAUGGAUUGACUCUUAAUUACCAGUUUCCCAUUGACUGACCCAUUAAUUACCAAUUUCCCACGGGCUGACCCUCCAUUCAUUGGCUCACGGCACCCCGGGAGCUCCUGGUGCUCCAGCUCUGCCCUCAAACCCAUCAGCUCCAGCACCCUCCAUGGGUCUGCGUUAAUUGCCCCAUGCUAAUUAGCAGCGUUCGGCCCAAUCUACGGGGUGUGCGGUGGCUGACGGCCGGGGGGGCGCUAAUUAGGAGGUAAUGAGGAACGGCGCUAAUUGUGAGGAGUCGCUGUGCUGGGAAUGGAGUUCCGCCGCGUUAAUGAGGUAAACGGAGCGUUAAUUGGGAGUCGGGAGCUGUGCGGUGUGGGCGGUGCACCUCCGGGCCUGCAGGGGGCGCUGCACCAGGCGGCGCGGGGCCUCGUUUCCCAUCAUCCCUUUCCCCGCCGGGCCCUCCCCUUCCGGCGGUUCGCCUCACCCGAUUGGCCCGUCUCCGCGUCGCUCCCCGGCUGUUCGGUGCGGAGCAUCCCGCGGUUGCUAAGCGACGCCCGGCCAUUUGGGGCCCGCGCAAGAUGGCGGCGGAGGCGGCGCUGGAGGAGCUGGCGGUUCUGCUGGGCCCCUCGGCGGGCGCGGCGGUGCGGGCGGGCGCGGCGGAGGCGGCGUUGGCGCUGUCCGGCGACCCCGAGGGGCGGCGGCUCCUGGCGGCGCGGCCCGAAGCUCUGCGGGCGCUGCUGGGGGUGGCGGAGGCCUCGGGGCCCGAGCUCGGGCCCGCGCCCGGCGCCGCGCUGCGCUGCCUGCAGAACGUGUCGGCCGAGCCCGAGGCCCGAGAGCCGCUGCUGGCCGCGCUGCCCGCCGUGCUGCGCCUGCUGCCGGCCGGCCCGGCCUGCGGGCUGUUGGCCAACCUGAGCCGGGAGCGCGGCGCCGCGCGGCGGGUGUUCGGAGGCCUCGAACGGGAGAGCGGGGCCGGCGCGGAGGCGCUGCUGCGGGCGCUGGAGGGACCUCGGCCGCCCCCGGAGCUCGGGGCGCUGCUGUGUAACCUCAGCGGGCUCCCCGAGGGCCGCCGAGCGCUGCUGGAGCGCCCCCGGUGCGCGGUGCGCCGGCUGCUGCCGCUCGUGGGGGACGCGGAGAGCGCCGUGCUGCGGAGGGGAGCGGUGGGAGCGCUGCGGAACUGCUGCUUCCAGCACGAGCACCACGAGUGGCUGCUGAGCGACGAGGUGGAUUUGCUGCCCUCCCUGCUGCUGCCCCUCGCCGGCCCCGAGGAAUUCCCCGAGGAUGAGAUGGAACGGCUGCCUGUGGAGCUGCAGUAUUUGCCCGAGGACAAAGAGCGUGAGCCAGAGCCCGACAUCCGCAGGAUGCUGCUGGAGGCGCUGCUGCUGCUCACGGCCACCAAAGCGGGCCGGCUCCUGCUGAGGGAGAAGGGCACCUACGUGGUGCUGCGCGAGCUGCACCGCUGCGAGAAGGACCCCGAGGUGCUGUCUGCCUGCGAGAAGCUCAUCCAGGUGCUGAUCGGGGACGAACCGGAGCCGGGCAUGGAGAACCUCCUGGAGGUGAACAUCCCUGCGGAGGUGGAGGAGCGGCUGCGGAGCUGGGAUCGGGAGGAGGAGGAGAGGCGGCAGCGGGAGGAGGCACGGUGAGA